UUCAUGUUGUGUGUAGCGUUCUGGGUUGGUCUAUGAAUUCCGAUUUUUCCUGUUUAAAAACGCUGGCCGGAUCAAGUUAAUGUCUUGGAAAUGUCACAGCCGACAGGGAAGAUGCCAGCGACGCACAAACAAGUACAGGGUGAAUUUAGCAAAGGUUGCACAUGUUGAUCGCGUCGUUAAAAAAGAAAAUUACGUUUCUGGCGCUUCAAACUCUGUAGACUUAUAGUCAUUUGCUUCAAGUUUUAUGCAUAUUUUUUUCAAAUGCCAUCACUUUGUAGAAAAAAAGUUGGAAGCAAAGCAAAGUCUCACCCUAUGCAUUUCCUAUGGCCUGUGCAGUCAUUUCUUCGUCCGUCUGCUUCACGUUCAGAAAAAAAGGCAUAGUUUCGUGCCUCUGAUUGGUUUGCUUUUUACCCAAAAUGGCGACGAAAGCAAACACAAUGUGAGAGAAAAUUUUCACAGACUUUACGCUUGAAAUGUACAUCCUCGUAUACGUUUCUUGGAAAUCCCAGUGGCUUCUCUUGUGUUGUCUCGUAUACCUUCCCUCACUGUGCUGGCGUCGUCCACAGCAAAAGUUUCGAGGCAUAUUCCACUAGAGCUACUUCCAAGUUCAAGACAACUUUGAGCGGAGUGGCAUCUGGACAUAAUUUGCGUAAUAUUCGACAAGUUCUACAGUGAAGAUUCUAGCACGAGAGCAGACUUUUGUGUGUGAUAGCUUAAUUUCUCGGGUGUAUAUCAAGUUGUUAACCCUGAUAGUAACAUAUGUGCGCCAGUUCUAAUGAACGGUACUUACCUAAAGGAAUAGACGUUUGUACGUCAUAGUGUUGGACAGCGCCACCAAUUUGGUAGAGCUGUAGUACGCUCGAACAAGGUUGCACCUGAAAGCCACGACCUUCGGUCCUACCGUGGGCCUUCCAAUUUGUGUCAGUUUGAGUGUGUAUACCAACAUCACACUGACGUUUCUCGGUCAAUUAUACGACAUAUAGGGAGACUAUGAAUGUCUCCCUACGUAUCGUAUAAUUCCAGCUCUAACUUGAGGUAAGUACCAUUCGUUAGGGGAUGUUUUUGCGUGCAUUUUGGGGGUUGGGAAAAUCCAAUAGAUCAAACCCAUCAAAGGCCGAUGGAAUCAGUAGACUCUCAUUGCCGUUUAUUGUUGGCAACCUUGUGAAAGUGAUCGUUUGUGAAAGAAGGACAUUUGCAGAACAAACACUUUGCAAUCAGAUAAGAUAAAACCUCCAGAGGAUGUGGUCCAAACUGUAGACACGGAACAAUGACUGUUGGGCGCAGCCGCGCUAAAAAAACGCCAAUGAUUGUAAUCGGCUUCUUUAGCUCGAAAUACUCCCAAUUUGAAUUUGAAUUUUGAGCUUGAAAUGCCCUACGUUAUCCUUUCAGCCAUUUUUAAAGGGAAAUGUUGACCCUAAAGAUAGUUCCUUCCAGCUGCCUAGUGUGUCAUUCUUGCCAUCCGGAUUUGAGCUUUUUUUUUUUUUUUUCAAAAGGGGCAAUGGAAAAGACCACAAAGACUCGGGAUAAUUUUGGGGGCUGGGUACUCCCUGUGGAACAAAUGGAUCACUUGCGUAAGGUACCCUACCAAUACAACGCCAGUGCCGGGUCUCUCCUAGAAUGUCUCUUCCUUCAGAGGUUCUGGACAUGGUGCUCCAAAUUUGUUCCAGAAUAUGUGGCUCCUUGCGUGUUGACGUGUUUGGGACUAAGCAUCAAUGUGCUCUGCUGCUUCAUAUUGCUUUGGUUCAGUCCUGAUCUGAGCUCUGAGGUCCCACGAUGGCCAUUUCUACUGUGUGCCAUUUCCCUGUUCCUCUAUCAGCUGCUGGAUGCGCUGGAUGGAAAACAGGCAAUUAAUGUACAAAAUACACAAUUGGAGGAGGUUUAUGACCAUGGCUGUGAUGCUCUUUCUACUUUUUUUUUGACGACAUCAAUAGCCAUAGCCCUGCGUCUGGGUGAUUCUCCCGUAUUGCUGGUGACAUUUUUCUUCCUUUCCAUGAGUGGCUUCUACUCAACUCACUGGCAGGAUCAUGUCACUCAUGUCAUGGUUUUUGGAAAGGUGGAUGUCUCCGAGUGCCAGUUUCUAAUGAUCAUUAUACACCUUGUGAGUGCAUUUUAUGGACAGAACCUGUGGCUAACAAAGGUGCUGCAUCAUCUGGAACUGCGUCAACUACUCAUGUUGAUGACAUUUGUAUCGCUCACAUUCGUCAUAGCCAGCAACAUUCUCAUUGUGCUGGGAAAGAGAACACCCCUAGACGCAUACGUCCAGAGGAAGCAAGAAAGAACCUUUAGUCCAGCAGUACCUGUCCUGGUCCUGUCCCUGUGCCUGUGGAUGAGCUUUGCUGCAGGGCUCAUGCAGGAUCAUCCCACGCUGUUCCUGGUCACAUUUGGCUUUGCCUACGCCAAACUCAUUGUCACUUUAGUGAUGACCUCUGUGUCUUAUGGAGACAUGGAUAAAUGGGACAGUAGUCUGGUGGCCCCUCUUUUUCUCUGCCUCAAUCUCCUUCUCAUGUCAUUGCCCAUCCAAUCAGCACUACUCUGUUCUAUGGUGUACAGCAUCAUGGACUUUGCCCGCUACUUCACGUAUGCGAGUUGGGACUUGCGCGAUGCCCUUGACCUGUGGAUAUUCUCCAUCAAGUACCCCAAAGGAGAUUCCAGAAGGCGCGCAGGGCUCAAUGGCAUCUACCUCAAUGGACUCAACAAUAAAUUUUUACUCAAAAAUGCCAAGACUCUUCGUGUAGAGACAAAGGAUUUGAAACCAGUGGGGGCAGGAGAGGACAACUUCCAGGGCAGGGCAUAGAGCCAGAACCACCAGGAAUCUGCCAUCGAUUUCAUCUUAGCGAACCAUCAUGGCCUACGUAUCAACUCUAUAGAAAUAGACAAACUGAAAGCAGCGACCACAACCGACAAAAUUACCCAGGAAUAUGAGAGAAAAAGUGAAAAGAGCUCUGCAUCGACCAUCAACAGCAGCACUAUGGGAAAGCUAUGAAGAGCAAAAGGAAGAAAAAAAACUACUGGCGUAUAAAAUUGACAAAUAUCACCAGCAGCUGGAAAAGGACAGUAAGAUGCUCCGGAAUAUUGCACAAACAUGAAGCGAAUGGAUGCCAGAACUAAGGGAUGGCAAACGAGAUGUUGGCCACAAAACAAGAAAUAGAGGAAUACCUGACAAGGCAUUACAACCAAAGAAGUUGAAACAUAGAGGAACCUAGAUGUAUCGAAACUCAUAACCAGCACGGAAAUGAUGAGAACAAUAGAAAAGCACUCUGAACUGACUGGUGGAAGGGAUAGCUUCAACACUACAGCUGGAAAGAUGAAACUACUCCAGAAAGGAAUUCCCAUUGCCCAACUCUGCUUUUGCAUCCUUUCCAUCACCGUCAACAGUACCAUGUUCACAUUUUUGUAAGCUCAAUAUCACGCGUAAAUAAAUAAGUUGCUCCAAUUGUUCAA